AUGCCUCGUAAAUACAUUAAAAAAAAAGUUGCGCAUUAUGCUCGGGAUGAUAUGGAUAAAGCGAUUCAAGCAGUGAUAUCCAAUGAGAUGAGUAUGUACGCUGCCGCCAAAAUGUUUAACAUCCCAACAACGACGCUAUUUGAUAGGAUGAAACGUAAAUAUAGCAGAGAAAAGGUGGGCAGACCACAAGCUAUACCAUUUUUAGCCAAACAACGACUAGCAAAUGCUAUCGCAACUAUGGAAAAGUGGGGAUUUGGUCUAACGAGGCAAGAGAUAUUAGACAUAGUUGCUGAGUACAUUAAAAAAGAUAACUUAAAAACCUUUUUUACCAAUAACAAACCCGGACCAGACUGGUUUAUAAAUUAA